UGUCACAUGAGAACGAAAGUGAUAGAAGCGCUCUCGCUAUCAAAACACGCAGAAUACCUGCUUGUUCAAAGACUUUGCUGAGUUCUGUAGGUUGGUGAAGUCCAGCUGGUUCUGUCUGAGGGCUUCGUUCUGAACAUCAUCCAUCCAAACUGAGUCAUGGCAGCAAAGGGAAUCCAGAGAGCAGCAGAGGACAGAGAUGACAUCAUGAAAGGACAUCCAGACCUCUCUGAAGAGGAGAUGAAAAUGGCAGAGGCCAGUGUUUCAGAAGAUCAGGACCAGUUCAGCUGUCCAGUCUGUCUGGAUCUACUGAAGGAUCCAGUUGCUAUUUCCUGUGGACACAGUUUCUGUAUGGUGUGUAUUAAUGACUGCUGGGAUCAGGAGGAUCAGAGGGGCGUCUACAGCUGUCCUCAGUGCAGAGAGACUUUCACUCCAAGACCUGUUCUACGCAGAAACUACAUGCUGGCUGAAGUGGUGGAGAAACUGAAGAAGACAGAACUCCAAGCUGCUUCUCCUGUUCACUGUUAUGCUGGACCUGGAGAUGUGAAGUGUGAUUCCUGCACUGGGAGAAAACACAAAGCCAUCAAGUCCUGUUUGGUGUGUCUGGCCUCUUUCUGUGAAACUCACAUCAGACCUCAUUAUCAGUCUCCUGCCUUUAAGAAACACACACUGGUUAAAGCUUCCUCAAGACUACAAGAGAAGAUCUGCUCUCAACAUGAUAAACUGACUGAGAUCUUCUGUCAUACUGAUAAAAGCUUAAUCUGUUAUUUGUGUACGAUGGAUGAACACAAAGGUCAUGAUACAGUAUUGGCUGCAGCAGAAAGAACUAAAAAACAGACUGAGCUACAGGAGGAGCAAAGGAAACACCAGCAGAGAAUCCAGGAGAAGGAGAAGAAGGUCCAGGAGCUGAAGCAGGCUGUGGACACUCUUAAGCGCUCUGCACAGGCAGCAGUGGAGGACAGUGAGAGGAUCUUUAUUGAGCUGAUCUGCUCCAUUGAGAAAAAGCGCUGUGAGAUGGGAGAGCUGAUCAGAGAUCAGGAGAAGACUGAACUGAGUCGAGCUGAAGGACUCCUGGAUCAACUGGAGCAGGAGAUUGUUGAUCUUAAGAGGAGAGAUGCUGAGCUGGAGCAGCUCUCCCACACAGAGGAUCACAUCCAUUUCCUCCGGAGUUUCCCAUCUCUCUGUGUCUCUUCUGGAUCUGUGGAGUCAUACAGCAUCUCUGUUCAUCAACAUCCCUCAUUUGAUGGAGUGAAGAAAUCUAUCUCUGAUCUGAAGGAGCGAAUAGAGACAUUCUGCAAAGAGGAAUUCAGCAAAAUCUCUCCAUGUGCUGCAGCAGUUCAGAUUUUACCAUCAGAGCCAAAGACCAGAGAAGAUUUCUUGAAAUAUUUCUGUCAGCUGACUCUGGAUCCCAACACAGCACAUCGUUACCUCAUUCUGUCUGAGAAGAACAGAGUGGUGACAAACAGUGUGAAAGUCCAGCCAUACUCUGAACAUCCAGAGAGAUUUGACUACUGGGAUCAGGUGUUGUGUAAGGAGAGUGUGUGUGGACGCUGUUACUGGGAGGUUGAGUGGAACAAUGGGAGAUGGGGAGUGUACAUAUCAGUCUCAUAUAAAGAUAUCACCAGGAAAGGACAGGGUAAUGAGUGUGGGUUUGGCUACAACACUCAGUCCUGGAGUCUGGCAUGUUCUUCUACUCUCACUUUCUGGCACAACAACAUUAAUACUGAGAUCCCAGAGCCACCGUCCUCCAGAAUAGGAGUGUAUGUGGAUCACAGUGCAGGAACUCUGUCCUUCUACAGAGUCUCUGACACAAUGACCCUCCUACACACAAUCCACACCACAUUCACUCAGCCUCUCUAUGCUGGGUUUGGGGUCUAUGGAGGCUCAACUGUGAGGUUAUGUGAUACAAAAUAAUGUUUUGAUAUUUUACUAUUCUAAUUAAGUUGAUUUAAUUAGGAGUCAAAUCAGUUUUAGUCUGUAUCUACUGUACAUACAAUAGUCUUUCACACCAUAUUCACUUAGCCCCUCUAUGCUAGUUCAGAAUGGGUCAUUGCUUCUUUGUUAGUGAUGGAUCAUGUGUGAGAUUAUGUGAUCCUUAAUAAUGUGUCUGUGCUACAUUAUGGUCAGUCAUGGGAAGAUGAGAAAUCUAUGCACACUGUAACACUGGUCCUACAUGAUAUUGUUCAUUUAUCCAGCUCAGUCUCUCUGAUAUUGGUUAGGACUCUUUAGUUUCACUGUUGGUUAGGAAUCAUUAGUUUCACUGUUGGGCACAAUAAGAAAACACAGAAAGAGGCCCAUGAGUUUAUUUUGGUCAAUUACUGUCACUUUUUUAUAGUAAUAAACAUGUACAUGUAACUUGAUUCCUACAUAAUUUCAGGAUACAUUUUGCUUCAUGAGUCUUAAAAUAAUCAGAGGUUUGCAGAGAAACAAGACAUUUCAACAGAGGUCUUUCAUAAGCUGUGCCAGCAAAGUGUUUCUGAAGUUCAAAGAAGUGAAAUCAGCUUUUUUGUGAUGAUUAGAUCAUAAAUCAUAUUGUGGAUUAUCUCUGAAAUAAAUUCCUCACAAUACAUGAGCCCAUGUCAUAUCUACACAGGGCCCCAUUAAACAUAGAAACAUGUAUCUGGGAUAAAUUGGAUUUCUGUAUUUUCUACUGUAAAAUUGUAUCAGAUUGUUUACGUGUUAUAUUUUAAUCAGUGAAUUCUCUUCUCUCCAUCUGUAGAAACCAAAAGUCCAAUUAACCAGAUGAAUGUCAGUGUACUGUAUGAAGGUCCUGUAGUAGAUAAACCAGCAGUGUCAGAGUCUUAGUCUGCAUUAGCAAAGAAAUCCCAGAACAACAAAACAGGGUCACUACAACAAACAGGCAGUGGAAUAAACCACUCACCAUUCACUAAGAGUGGUGGCAGUACUGCACUAAGACAGGAACAAAUAGGCAGGCUUAAAUAGACAGGUGUAGUUGAAUACAGGUAUAAUCAGCAGGCCAGUGAUGAGGAACAUAAACCUCUAUUGAAUCAAACUAUAUUCUUGAUGUCUCAGAAGUUUCCGUCUGAUUGAAACUGUAUUUAUAUAAUAUUGGGCAUGACUGCAUGACCCUACAUCACAUCUGAUUCAUUUUAAGUCAUUUUAUGUAACUAUUUUAAUACAUGAUUACAUGAUUCACUUGCAUGAUUAUUAUUUACAUAUCAUUAUAUGAUUACAUAUUUAUUAUGAUAUGAUUAUCAUAUACUAUUCUCUGCAACAUAAAGUGUGAAUAUAUUACUUUAAUAUUGAAUACUGGAGUUCUUUUCUCUUCUCCAUCUAUAUAAAGCAGAAGUCCUAGUAACCAGAUGAAUUUCAGUGUACUGUAUGAAGCUCCUGUAGUAGAUAAACCAGCAGUAUCAGGGUCUUAAUCUGCAUUAGCAAAGGGCUCAAGAAACCUCAUACGCAUCUGGUUUGGGCUUGAAUGGGUUAAAGUCUCAGUAAAAGCUUCAUUUACUUUGUGGGAGUUGUUAGUUUCCUCAGUUUGUAACAGAAGGGCUUUAUUUGUUAGGACACAUAAGCAUUCCUCCCCUUUUACAUAUUUGGAAAAGAAUUAACAGGGAUGGUCAACUCCUGAAGAACUAAUUAAAUUAUAUUUAUUUUUGAUCCAUUUACUCAUUUUUUUUCAUGUAAUCAUUUGAAUCUGUAAACUUUAAAGCAUAAAAGUCUUGUUGGGUGAGUUACUCUGAAAUAAAUGUUGCAAAGUUCA